ACGACACUGCAGAGAUAAAGAUUUGCAUUUUCUGUUUCAUACUUUAUUUGCUUUAAAUUUAAGAAAGUGUUGGCUGAAUGACGAACUGUCCGUGGUCCUGAAUGAUGAACUGUCCCUGGUCCUGAAUGAUGAGCUGUCCCUGGUCCUGAAUGUGAGCUGUCUGCGGUCUGAACUUUACAAUCCUACAAUCCUGCCAUGUAGCAUGUUUUUAUUACUAAAAUAAUCUUUUAGGGUGAGUAAAUGUUAACAUCAGGCGUAUGUCACUACUGUGAAAACCAUCAUAUGAAACUGCAUGUAAAACUACAACGUCUCUGGUUGCAUGAAACAUAAGUUUUUCCUAAAUGUCUGUAGUCGUGAUGCCUCAUGUUCACCGACAGGAGGUCACAUUUACCAACUUUUUUUUUUUUUUUAAUUUACCACUACAUCACUGCAUCACAACCAAUGGGUACAGUCCAGAGCAAAGCAACAUGUCAACGGGAUGACGUUGUUGCUGGCGUAGGGCUGCAGUUUGAUGGCUCCUACUAAAUGAAUGCAGUGGGAAUGGACGAGCAAGACACACUGCUGGUCAGACAGGGCGCGCUGCUGACCUCCAAACUCAUUGUUACUUUAUCAGGAUUUCUUAUCAGAGUUUCACUUGUGAGGAUUUCUGCCUUGUUUGUUUUUUUCUCUGCAGGGAUACGUGUUGGUUGACCUCUCUGACUGUAUUCUUUAUUAUAAGAUACUGGGUGAGGACACAACAUGCUGUCGUCCCUGAAGACCCUGCUGCUGCUCUCGGUCCUGUGCACACCGACUUCCAGCUUGUGCCUCCGUCUCUACCAGACUCGCUCCGACCUCCUGUGCGAUGACCAGGUGUCAGUCGGGCUCCGGAGUGACGAAGACGAGCCGGGCUACUCCCCCAUGGACGACUGGGGGUCGCUCCUGCAGUCCGCGGAGUAUCUCUCCUCCUCCUCAUCUUCCUCCUCCUCUUCCUCCUCUGCCGAGUCCAGCCGAGAAAAAAGGACCUCAAGUCCCGCAAACUAUCGCUUCAUGAGCAGGACGAAGCUCAGAGGGCAGAUGCUCCGGAACAGCAGCAAAGGGGACCGGAGGAGCAGACUGACCCUGUCCCUGGACGUCCCCACCAACAUCAUGAACGUCCUCUUUGAUGUGGCCAAGGCCAAAAACCUGCGAGCAAAGGCGGCGGAGAACGCGCGUCUCCUGGCGCAGAUUGGACGGAGAAAGUGAACAUGUUGGACAACUUUAAUUUAACAGACAGCCAUGACCAGUGUUGGCCUCGCUACUCAGUUGUACUGAAUUAUUUCUUGUUCACUUUUAAAGUUAUUGUGUUGAUUUGUUCCUCCAGGGUAACGGUAUUUUCUUCUAAAUACCCACACAUUACAGGUAAAGAAGCGUUUCUCAUAUCGCGAUAACUUAGUUGCUCUCAUGUGAAAGGUCUUUGGGAUCAAAGUCUCUCAUCUUUUUUUGCUCCAAUAAAAACACUAAGGAAACGUCUAUUAGGGACUAAAAGUUGGAUGAUGAUUCUUGAUUUUUUUUGUUUUAGGACAGCUCAGCUUCAAACUCGUAAAUAAUAGGUACAACAUUUGAUCGAUAAAUCUAGUUGACUAGAACUGUCAAAUUUACGAAGUUAUUUAUUCUUAAAUUAAUUUUGAACGUUUAAUUUAUUUAUGUUGCAGUUUCGGUGUGAAUAGUCCACUUGUUUCUUAUGCAGUAUCGGACAUUUUCCAGCAACAGUGUCACUAUCUUGAAUCAAGACAGAGUAAGGUCAAGAGCAAUAAGGACAAAGUCAUUUCACUUGUAUCAAGAUGAUUGAUAAUUUCAGCCAAUAGGACAUGAGACAUAUACUUUUUGCAUUAGAAACAAGUGAAAUGAUCUCACACUGUGGCAGAUUCCUUUCAAGUCUAAAAAGAAACUUUUAAGAUUCCUGUUCAUAAUAUUAUUGUUGUUGUUAUUAUUAUUAUUAUUAAAGACUGAAGAUGGGCAUUGGUUGCAAUUAAGCAGGCACAGAUCUCAGAUUUUCUUUUCCAGUAAAAUGAAUUCUUAAUGCCUUUACUUUACCCCAGAGUCAUCAAAAUUUAAAUCUUAGACUAAAGAAGAACAAGGAAGCAGCUGUGAUGAUCAAUUCUUACGUCCUUAGCAAAAGACCAAUGAAAUGUUUUGCUAUUCUGUUGCAUAAUCGUUACAUUUAUUUUUAUGUUUUUUUUCUCUUUAUGACUUUGUUGUACAUGGGAGCCUGUAACUAUUCCAGGUUUGAGGUGAAAACACAGAGUGGCAAAACGCAACAUCGAGCACUGACACUGAGCUAUUGUACAAACCAACUACAUGAUCAUGAAAUACAGUAAAAUGCAAAUGCAUGGGAAUGUAUGUGUUCAUCAGAUGUCUGUUAUUUUUAUAUUCAAAAUAAAGGAUUAUUUUUCCUCAAAUAAAGCAGAUGUAACUAACUA